AUGCGCCGCAUAUUCGCGUUCUUGCUAUCCGUAUGGACGGCAUCGCGCGUCGCCGCGCAGGACGGCAGCAGCAGUGGCGCCGUCUGGGCGACGCCUCAUGACAGUUAUUCCUCCUCGGUCGGAGUGCUGGGGUGCAAAGUAAACACCAAUCGCAUAGCCUAUUGGCCAGGCGCAGUCGACUGCGACAACAUCUGCAUCUCGCUGAGCUACGAGGACCGGUCUGUGAAGCUGCUGCGCGUGGAUCGGUCUCAGGGCGCGCAUGAUAUUAGCUACGAUGCCUGGAAUUAUCUCUACACCGGCUUCUCGGCGACCGAGAAGCCCACGGCUGGCGGCGCCGUCGCUAUGAACUUCGCAGAUGUGGAUGCUUCGGAGUGCGCGGAUCUGAUCCACACCGACGGAGGCAAGCUCCCUCUUAGCGCCGCGAAUAGCAUGAAUUUCUUGGCUAGUUGUCUCGCGCGUCCCGAUAGCUGGGUUGCGAAGAAUUAUCUUCUAUUUAAUAUUCUUGACUCCACGUGCGCUUGGGGCCACGACGAGGUGUGCACGUUGGAUUGGCCGGCUGCUAAUCAGGCAAGCUGCCCGAGUACGCUUGGAGACCCUGCUACUUUAACGUCAGCUCCGGUCUAUAAUAUCAGAUAUCCUUCAGGACAAACUGUUGUAGCCUCGUCAGGACAAGUUGUCGAUCCCCAAAAUGAUAGUAAUGGGUGUGUUGGAAUGUCACCCAACUUAUUUGUUUUAUUUCUGGUAGGAGUGGCUUCAAAUUGGGUAGCUCAUGCAGGUGGUGUGCAUUUCUAG